AUGUCAAACAAUCGCCAAAGUCGUCGCGCCGAGGAGCGAAGAGCCCUCCACAGUCACAGCCAGCGUAUUGACGCGCGAGCCGCCACCAAAAGACGCAACCUGCGGAUUGACACCAAGAGAGACGCGCAAGAGAUCAACCGGAUGAAGGUUCGAAAGAAGUUUGGCAUUCCGGAUGACCCAACCACUCUAGAGCAAGUGGUCGAAAGCAUGCAUUUGGCGGUACGGUCUCUGUAUUGCUUCGGCGGGAAGAAAGGAUUGAAGACGGUCAUUGCUCUGGCGCUCACACUGGUCGCUUUUGCGGCUGCUCUCUACCGGGCAUGGCUAGCUUCCGCUCACGUCAAGACAGAUGUACUCAAGCACCUUGACUUGCUAAAUGCCAGUCUAGAUAAGGUCACAUGGGCUACCGUGUCGCUUGGGGAGUAG